ACCAAACAUGAACGUAUUUCAUCGCCUAACGAAAGACAAGGAAGCAAAGAGAUUUCGGCUAAAGAAAUCUGAACUUGAAAAGAGAACACAAAUGCUUUAUGUGUACUAGUGUGAUUGUAUGGACAAAAAGCCACCUGAAGAAAACCCGCAGCCGCAGAAACUGAGUCAGUAAAGUAGCUAACUAUGCUAGCUCAGGUUAUUUGCCGCCAUUUCUUCAAGUUGCCAUCCCUCCCCCAAUAACUGUGUUGUGUGGUAAAACAGUAUUGCCACAUAUUGCCACGUUUAAGCUGUUAUAGCUCCCACAUAUUUUCUAGUGUAACACUCUGAAGAAAGCCAGUUAGCAAGUUGUUAACAUGUAAACACAUGUGCGCGGAAGUAACGCCUAUAAAUCACACAAAGCAUCAUGGGAGCUAGCAAUUUGCUGGAAAGAAGAUAAAUGUUUUAGACCCACAGGAAGCUAAUUAAGUGCUGCAGUGUUUUUAAGUCUCGUAAUUUUGUUCGUAUCUUCACAUAUAACAUCUCUGUUUUUUUAAAGUAUAUUUUUAACCAAGUUGUAAAGCGUACUUAUGUUUGCACCAGUUGUGAAAAAUAUAUUGUCCUUGUUUAGAAACCUUACAACAGUUUUAACUUUAUUCUUGUAUUUAAGAAAAGAAAUAUUCACCUAUUUUUAACAUAUAUAUAUAUUUUUACGGUUCUUUUUUAAUUGAAAUUUAUUUUGCUUGUAUUUACAGCUUCUCUCUUCUGCGAGACUUUGUGAUUUGGAAGUUUUCCACUGCUGCCUGCUACGAAUCUCACCUCUGCAUCAUCACACCAUCUUAUUAAUUCACUUAUACUGAUACCUCUUAAUCCUAUAGAGAUAUAUUUUAUCUAGAUAUUAAGAAAAGCACAUAGUAACAUUGAGUUAAAAGCAUUCACAAACACAUAUAAUAUUGUUUGAAUAACCAGCUUUCCGCCCCCCCAGGUGUCUUCUUUUUUUAUUCUGCUGUUACAGGAUGCCACGUAGAGGACGACGCUCCGAGGCUGCCAAGGUGAGAUGGAGGAAGCUGGAGAGUGUGCCGGUCGACGCAAAGCCUGGGACACCACCGCUCGCACCCAGCGCUUGGAACCCAACUCGGUCUCCGCCAAAGAAGAUGUCCCGACUGCUGGAGGGUGAACUGCACGACCAAAUGUCGCCUCCCGUGGUGCGUCAGGAGGAGCCCCGUGUGCCACCAACCUCUCCUGGGUUACGCCGUGGGACGGGGCGUCGCCAUCGGGUGGAGACGUGGCCAGCCUCCCGGGUGACCAGACGGAGCUGCAAGUUGGUUCUGCCUACUGCCGGGGCUCUGGAGAAGAAGUUUGCUCUUUUGGUUGGUGAUUCCCAUCUGCGUGCUAUUGUGGAUGGGUAUUCUACCAUGCCAAAGGGCGACUUCUCCUUAGGGGUGCUUGCAUCCCCCGGUGCCUCUGCGGAAGAGUUGCGGCUUGAGGUGCUGGAUGCAGUUCUGCCUCGGCCCCCCGAGGUGAUCUGUCUUCUGGCCCCAAGUAACAACUUAACCGCCAGCAGGACUUUCGUGGAGGCCGGAGCGGCGUUUGACGCUUUGUUGAGUACCGUCUGCAACCUCUCUGCUAAUGUGGUCGUUGUGGACUUUCCACCGCGCCUUUGCGUGGAGGUCAGUGUGCAACAGCUGCUGCGGCAGGAGUUUCAACGUGUGGCUGGUCAGAGAAGUAAGUAUGGACCCAUGUUGUAGCUUCCAGGAGACGGAGGA